GCUGUGCCCUCCACUGUUUGCAUUGUGUCUGUAGAGCCGGCGAGUCGUCCCCGAAAACAAUUCUUCCACCGCGGCAAUGUCGGGCAGGUCGGUCCGAGCGGAGACCCGGAGCAGGGCCAAAGAUGACAUCAAGCGGGUUAUGGCCGCGAUCGAGAAAGUACGAAAAUGGGAGAAGAAAUGGGUGACUGUCGGAGACACGUCUCUUCGUAUCUACAAGUGGGUGCCAGUGACGGAGCCCAAGUCAGAUGACAAAAAUAAGAACAAGAAGAAGGGCAAGGAUGAGAAAUACGGCUCUGAGUUGACAACCCCAGAGAACAGUUCCUCUCCCGGGAUGAUGGACAUGCACGAUGACAACAGCAACCAGAGCUCCAUCGCCGACUCGUCGCCCGUCAAACAGGAAACCAGCUGUAGCACCAGUCCGGCACCGGAGUCCACUACGGCGUCUCUUCGCGACAACGACGUCAAGACCGAUCAGAGUCCCGACGCCAAGAGGGGUAAGAACGCGUCGUCAUUGGAAGGUUCCGAUCGAGCACAGAGCAUCAAGAGAGAAGGGGAGAAAGACGUUUCGGACAGCAAAACCACUCAGGACGUGGAUCAAGCGGCCCCACCCAGCAAGAAGAGCAAAGUAGAGUGUGUGGACUUUGAAGAGAGUUAAACACUCUGCCCCCCUUCACUCCUUUGUCCAAAGGGAGACUUGACGUCUCCCCCCCCCUCCUCCGGGUACUCCUCCACAACAGCCCCCCCCCAACCCCCAACACCACCAAACGUGCUUCCUUCCACGUGUGACCAGGAGGACGGCGCCCGGGUGUCCAGAUUUAGGAAAGUUUUUUUUUUAAGUGGGGGCAGGGUGUGGGGGGAGGGGCGGGGUUACCACGCUGGGACGUCGAUGCUCCCGUUAGACUGAUGUUGUUUCUCUCGGUGUUUAGGAAAGUGUUUUUUCUCAGGAGGGUCAAUGCACUGUUACGGUAUGUCACAAUCGAUCACACACAUUUGCUGCUCUCCAGUGGAAGCCUCUUCUCUCCCUCCAUCGCAACGUCCUCUUUGGGAAGCGAGGAAGGUGCCUUGACAGCGCUUUUUGGUGCCAUCUUUUUGUCUUUUUUUUCUUUUCUUUUUUUUGCCUUAAAACACUCACAGAGUGGGGGGCGAGGGGGGGUGGUAUGCUGGAGCUUAUCCCAGCGACCUAAUGAGGAUAAGCGGCAUAGAAAACAGAUGGAUGGUCACAGAGUGGUGUUGCCGUUAGCUUUAGCAUCUCACAUCUGACCUUUAGCUUAGCAGAAAGCCUGGAAGCGAGGCUUAGCCCCUUUCACACAUUUCCUGGGUCCAGGUUCUGUGUGAACACACCCGGCAAUUUUCCACCUUUUGGAGGUAAGAGUAGAAGCCUGUUUGAUGCUGCUUGCAAGUCCUCCACCGACACAGGAUGGAAGGCAAAGUUGUUGGCGCUGGUCUGAAUAGCUUUCCAACAUGACAUUGUUGGGUGCGGGAGGGAAAAAUCAACCCGGCAAUUUACCUCCACUUUUACAGCCCCUUUCACACACUGCCUGUAAGAGCCGGCAUUUUCCUGGGUUGCAGUUUUGUGUGAACGUCGCCAACACAGAAUGGAGGGCACAGUAGACUGACUCGUCCCUUUCACACAUUUAGAAAACUUUUUUUCUGUGUCACUGUUCUGUGUGAACAGUACCCCCACAGCAGGUGGGUGUUGACACAUCACACAAAGAGCCUCUUUCAGCAAAUUGACAGUAAGCACCGGCCUUUUUCCCCCCUUUGUGGCUGUUCUGUGUGAACACCACCAACAGCGAAUGAAAGGCAAAGUCGGCCCGGCCUAUUUUUCCACCGCUUGCGUGGAACUAACUCUGUAAAAACGUGCUUCUGUGUAUAAAGAGCAGCGACACAGACCUGACACAUCACAGCAGGUGCUGACAAACAUCCGCUUCCAUGGCCACUGUGUGAAAGCGCGCACAAUAGCUGGCUUGACUGGGUCCUGCAUGAAAGGCUAAGGUGAAUAAAUGCCGGACCUGUUGCAGGGAUCGCGUCUGUCUUUGUCCGUCCUUUUACAUGGAGGACGAGGCGAGGCGCCAACGUGAGCGCCACGCGCUAGCACAAGUCCAGGUUUCUCCCGACACCAACAGGUGGUUAAAAUGUCCCGCUAGCUCUGUCCUCACGGCGCUGAUGUAACGCUCGGGUCGGUUGUGGGCGCCCCCUACUUGAAGUCUUGCGUGGGGUACGGGAGGAGCCGGCGGUGGGUAGGCGUGGCUUAUGCGGGAUGCGUGGCGGCGUCUCAUGGACGGAGAGAAGAGCAGCGUAGAGGAUGGAUUAGCAUAUACCUCAUUCCCAGUCCAGCAGCGCUGGCGUUUCCAAUGCUAUGGUUGACAUGUACACUUGUGAUUAUUAUUAUUAUUAUUAUUAUUAUUAUUAUUAUUAUUAUUAUUAUUAUUAUUGUUAAACACACACACACACUUUUGAACCUGGUAGCUUUGAAGCCAUGGAGCGCAUCCAUCCAUCCCAGCUUCUAGUCUCAUUCUUUUCUUUCUUUCUCCUCCUCACACUCGGGACCAUUUUGUUUGACUUUAGAACUUGUACAGAUUUAUGCUUUUGCCUUUUUUUGACUUAUUUAUUCCAUCAGUAGUGCUUGGUUUUUAUGCUCCGAUGCUUUUGUUUUCUUAAUAAAAGUCACAAAACUUG